AUGGUGGUGCCUGGAUCCACCGACGCUGCUGCGCAGGGAUGGUUCUCCCAGAAAGGGGCUCUUACAGAAAAGGGAGCUUACAAGAGAAAGUAUCCAGUUUUCAAGCCCAAAUACUCAGCGAUCGAAGAAGAGAACGAACGUGAAAGGAAGGAGAGGGAGGACGAGGCAAACAGAGCUGCUGAUGAAGGGCGGCCGCUGGUCAAAGAUGAGAAGAGGAAAGAGGAAGAAGAAAAGAUGGAGAAGCUGAGGAAGGAGUCAAUGGAAAAGAAAGAGAAGGAGGAACGGGCUCUAGCAGAAGCUGCGCAAGCUCUUUCCGGAGCUGCUCAAUUUCUUGCCCAUCAUGGUCAAGGCAGCGCCAUGGCUAGCGGAAUGAGCAUGGAACAUGCUGCGGCACCAAACCCAAGGGCACACCCAAUGGGAAUGUGCAUGCCGUACGCUGGUGCAGGGAAGAUGCCGAUGCCUGGCCCUCCUCCACCUGCUCCUCAGGUUCCGAUGAGACCGCCGUUUGGGGCUCACCCUCCCCCUCCCAACAUGCCUCCCCCUCCCUAUGUUCCCCCAGGAUCCAUGCACCCGGUCCCAGGUGGUUUCCAGGAUGGAAGAUUUGUUGGAAUGCAGCCAACUCCUCCGCACAUGGGUGGCAUGCAGCAACCUAUGUCCCGUCCUGUAAUGCCGCCCCCUCCCAAUGACAACCGAGAUCCUCUUGGGUCGAGGAUACUUCCCACCUGGUGGCCGAGGCUUUCCACCACCCUAUACCGAUAG